AUGGUGUUAGCAGAUUUAGGACGCAAGAUAACCUCUGCGUUACAGUCGCUGAGUAAAGCAACUGUAAUUAAUGAAGAGGUUUUAAAUUCUAUGUUAAAAGACAUCUGUGCAGCCUUACUAGAAGCCGAUGUCAACAUUCGUUUAGUCAAAAAAUUAAGAGAGAAUGUACGAUCUGUCAUCGACUUUGAAGAAAUGGCUGGAGGCCUCAACAAGAGACGUAUGAUCCAGUCAGCAGUGUUCAAAGAACUUGUCAAACUUGUAGACCCCGGAGUAAAACCCUUCCAACCUGUUAAAGGCAGACCGAACGUCAUCAUGUUUGUAGGUUUACAAGGUUCAGGUAAAACAACGACAUGUACAAAACUUGCUUACCAUUAUUUAAAAAAGAACUGGAAAUCUUGCCUGGUCUGCGCUGAUACCUUCCGUGCCGGUGCUUACGAUCAGGUUAAACAAAAUUGUACAAAAGCUAGAAUUCCUUUCUACGGUAGCUACACAGAAGUUGAUCCUGUAGUUAUCGCUCAAGAUGGUGUAGAUAUGUUUAAGAAAGAAGGCUUUGAAUUUAUUAUUGUUGAUACCAGUGGUAGACAUAAGCAAGAAGAAUCUUUGUUCGAGGAAAUGUUAGCAGUUUCAAAUGCUAUACGUCCUGAUAAUAUUAUUUUCGUCAUGGACGCUACUAUUGGACAGGCUUGUGAAGGACAAGCGAAGGCUUUUAAAGAAAAAGUAGACAUUGGUUCGGUUAUUAUCACAAAAUUGGACGGUCAUGCUAAAGGUGGAGGUGCCUUAUCAGCUGUAGCAGCCACAAAUAGUCCUAUUAUCUUUAUAGGUACAGGAGAACACAUAGACGACUUAGAACCUUUUAAAACUAAACCUUUCGUAAGCAAGUUGUUGGGUAUGGGUGAUAUAGAAGGCUUGAUCGAUAAAGUUAAUGAAUUAAAAUUGGAUGAUAAUGAAGAAUUAUUAGAGAAAAUAAAACACGGGCAGUUUACAAUGCGUGAUAUGUAUGAACAGUUUCAGAAUAUUAUGAAAAUGGGACCGUUUUCACAAAUUAUGGGCAUGAUUCCUGGAUUUUCACAAGACUUCAUAUCUAAGGUAAGUAUAAAAUAG